AUGUCUCCUCACGGGGGGCAGCGACGCCGUCAUCCGUCUCUGGCCCACUCCAUACUCUCACGAGCUGCACGAGCUGCAGCAGCAGCAGCAGCAGCAGCAGCAGCGGCAGCAGCGGCAGCAGCGGCAGCAGCGGCAGCGGCAGCGACUCCAUACUCUCACGAGCUGCACGAGCUGCAGCAGCAGCAGCAGCAGCAGCAGCAGCAGCAGCAGCAGCGGCAGCAGCGGCAGCAGCGGCAGCAGCGGCAGCGGCAGCAGCAGGGGGAGGGGAGGGAUGCAUCAGAUGAUGAUGAGGAGGAGGAAGAGGAGGAUGAGGGGGUGCAGACACAGCAGCAGCAGCAAAAACAAAUACUGCUGCUGCAGCAGCAGCAGCAGCAGCAGAUGCAGCUGCUUCCUCUUUGUCAGUAUAGAGGAGCUACAGCACCCAUAUGGAGCCUAUCAGCCAGCCCCUUAGGGAGCUGGACCCCACCAAGACCACCAGCAGCAGCAGCAGCAGCAGCAGCAGCAGCAGCAGCAGCAGCAGCAGCAGCGCCAAGUGCUGCUGCUGCUGCGGUGGGAGGGGGAGAUGCGGGGCAGAGUAGCACUCAGCAGCAGCAGCAGCAGCAGCAGCAGCAGCAGCAGCAGCAGUUACUGCAGCAGCAUCAGAGAGACGAGACAGGGUACGUGUAUGUUUGGGACAUUCCUUCUGGGGGUUUGUUGGCCACGGCGUAUGCUGGUCUUCCUGCUGCUCAUGCUGCUGCUGCUGCUGCUUUUGCUGCUGAGGGCCGCUGCAGUGCAGCAGCAGCAGCAGCAGCAGCAGCAACGCAUGCAAAGGCCCUUUCCUUCUGCUACAAUUCUUCUCUCCUAGCGGGAGCAACCGGAGACGGCAGAGUGCUGCUGUGGGAUACAACAGCAGGUCAGCAGCAGCAGCAGCAGCAGCAGCAGCAGCAGCAGCAGCAGCAGCAGCAGCAGCAGCAGCAGCAGCAGCAACUGGAGCAGCAGCAGCAGCAGCAGCAGCAGCAAGACAGUGCGUUUGUGUGUGCAUGUGCUGCAGCUUCUCGUGGUGUCUGCGCUCGUUCUGACUCUGCGUCUGUGUCUCAUGAAAGCAGCAGCAGCAGCAGCAGCAGCAGCAGCAGCAGCAGCAGGUUUGGUGCUGCUGCUGAGCUGCAGCAGCUGCGCUGUCUCUACGCCCGGGCCCUUGCCUUUCGUUGCUGCUGCUUCACCCCAGGCAACCUGCUGCUGGUGGGGGGCCUCAGUACUCUUGAUAGAGACAUAUAA